AUGAGCAACAACGAGUUAAUUGCUUUCUUUGAUUUCAAAAGAGAUAAUUUUGAGAAUCUACAGUUCGAAGCAAUGUUACUUAUUCCUAAGACGCUGGAUCAUGUUGCUCUAUGUUCGCAUAUGAUUAGACCAGAUGAAUUCCUUAAAGGCUCCGCCUCUGCCUCAAUCUACGAUAUGCUCAACGGAAGAGUUUGGAUGGGACAUGACAUUACGACAGUCGACACACUGUUGGAGGCUGAAUUCAAAAAAAUUGGCAAACCACCGCCUACAGCCUUAUCAAAAAUAGAUGAACUUCACUUCACAUCAUCCAACACAGAGUUGGCCAUAGUUGCGAAAAAAUUUGGUUUAGGACAUCAAGCCUAUGGGAGAUUUAAGGAUUGCGGCAACAAUCUUCAGGCUAUCAUGAACUGUGAAGCCAUCAUGUCAUGUUUUGAACUACCGGAGAUCAAAUAUGAGGAUGAUGUCCAUCCCAUGCUUUCUCUUAUCAAAUAUUAUCACGAUGAAGCAGUAAACACUAAGCAUUUUUCUGAACUAGCUCUGGAGUGA